AUGUUUGAAUAUCCUACGGAGGUGAUAAGGGUUUUCGGAGACAAAUCGCAAGUGUUUAUCGUUCCUCUGGUCUGGUUACGUGAUCACUGCAAAGAUCCGCAGAGUUACAAUGCGACAACAAACCAACGGAAUUCCGAUGCCACAGAUCUGUUUGAGAAGGCCGAGGUGGACGGCGAACAGAGCGCACGAAUCAACAACGGAUCCCACCUGACCGUCAGUUGGAAGGAUGGGUUGCAGUCCGUUUUUCAAGUCGACGACAUUGUUAAGGAUUCCGAAUUGGAUAGGCCGCAUCCACUUGACGACCACAUAAAACCGUGGAAACGACUAGAGAGGACCGAGUUGCCUAGAAUUCAUAUCUCCGAUUUCAAUAUGAAGUUUGCCGCAGAAUCAUUUGUUAAGUACGGUAUGGUAAUGAUUGAUGGAGUCGAGGCAAGUGCUCAGGCCACAGAAGAACUUUGUCGUCGUGUUGCGCCAAUUCAUGACACCUUCUAUGGAGCGUUUUGGGUGUUCAGCAAUCAGGCACAAGAAAAAGGGGAAGAAUAUCAUGAAGAUACGGCAUACGGCAGCGACACUAUUGGACCCCACACAGAUGGCACCUAUUUCAAUCAGACUCCCGGUAUUCAGGAAGAAUAUCAUGAAGAUACGGCAUACGGCAGCGACACUAUUGGACCCCACACAGAUGGCACCUAUUUCAAUCAGACUCCCGGUAUUCAGGUAUUCCAUUGUCUUCAUGCAGCAGAAAAAGGUGGCGAUACAGUAUUAGUUGAUGGUUUCCAGUGUGCAACACAGUUGAAGAACGAAAAUCCGGGAGCAUUCAAGUUGCUUUCUGAACGAAAGAUAGAACACCAUUAUAUCGAAACCGGAGCAGAGAAUGGCCCAUUGUAUUCCUUAUCGAGAGAGAAACCAGUAAUCGAAUUGGAUUCCUGGGGGAACAUCGUCCAAAUCAGGUGA